CCUAAGGUAGCGGGAAUCUUCCACCUAAACAUAUCUCCGGCCGAGAAGAUCUAAUGAUUCUCUCAUCCUCGGAGUCAUAUUACGGUGUGGUGCAGAAACGUGGGGCGACGUAGGUAUGCUCUCACAUAAAACGGUGAGCCUCGAUUGGUGAGUACCAAGUGGCAGUUCCUGACUCCCUUCCUCUCCUCGAACGCGUCCUUUCCUUAUGGAUUCAACAAGCCCUUUGCUUGAUGGCUCGCUUUUCCUUCCGGAGAUUGUAGACCUGUUUAGGUCCGAACGUCCACAGAAACCCCUAUUCGCCUUUCCCGACCAUACCAACUCUGGCUUGGUGACAAUAACGGCCUUGGAGUUCGCUCGGGCUGCUCAUCGAGUAGCCCAUGAGCUGACCACUUCCGUCAAACCUCGAAGAGAGCGGGGGGAGACUGUUGCCGUGUUGUCACUCGGAGAUACCAUCGUCUAUCAUGCAGUUGACGUAGGUAUGCAGAUGGCUGGUUUGGUGCCCUUCCCUAUGUCUCCAAGAAACUCGCCCCAGGCAAUCGCAAGCAUGCUCAACAAAACUGAGUGCCGCCAUAUCCUCAUUAUAACGCCUCUGCCUGCCACCUUCCUCGACGAGGUCUGCGGGUUAUCCGCACUUGACCUCACUAUCACCCGACUUCCCCCUAUCGCGCGCAUCUACCCAAAGCUCGGACGAGAAACGGCUGAAAAUGCCUUCGCACCCUUUCCGUAUAAACGGCCACACCCGGAAGAAGUCGCCAUGUACCUUCACUCCUCCGGAAGCACGGGAUUUCCCAAGCCAAUCGCCAUUACACACCUUCGCCUCAUUCAGUGGCUCCGGCAAUGCGUCACAUUCGUCGGGCAGAUCUCUCAGUCAUUGAAAGAGCCAUCUAGGGGGACGCACGUGCAACUGGGCGUGGCUGCGUUCCCCCCGUUCCAUUCCCUCGCAUUCUUCACGCAGCUGUAUGCGCCCCUGAUCAGCGACGCUGUUGCGUCCGUCUAUCGCCCGAGUUCUGUUGAAUACGCCGAUGCGCAACCUGUCGCACCGACGCCCGACAAUGUCCUCGAAAAUGCGCGACUAACUAAUGCGGACGUAGUUUACGUCGUCCCGAUGUUCCUAGAGGAGAUGCUACAUUCGCCGGAUGCAAUCAGUGCGCUGAAGACAUAUGACCGCGUCCUGUACGGAGGAGGGAUCCUUCCCGAGAAGGUGGGCUGCCAGCUCUUCGAAGCAGGCGUACCUCUCGCGACAUCGUAUGGAGGAACUGAGUUUGGCGCGCCGGCAGCGCCUCCGAACAUCGGCGAUACACACGAAGGAGAUUGGGGUUACUUCUAUUUCCCAGACGCGACCCAAGUGCGGUGGGCUGACCAGGGUGAUGGCACGUUUGAGUUGCAUGUAUUGUCGAAUGGCGUCUAUGAUAUCGCCCCCGAGUACCACAACCUGCCUGACGUCGAGGGCUACGCGACCUCGGAUAUCUUCGUCAAGCACCCAUCUAAGGAGAACUUGUGGCGCAUCGUUGGUCGCAAGGAUGAUGUCAUCGUACUGUCCUCCGGCGAGAAGACCGUACCAGCCCCGAUGGAGAGCGCUAUCUGCGCCCACCCUCUCGUCAUGGGCGCUGUGAUGUUUGGCGAAGGACAGUCUACUGUAGGAGUCAUCCUUGAGUCUAGGGGUGCCGUCGCAGAUGAGAGGAAGUUUGUUGGCGAGGUUUGGCCUUAUAUUGAAGACGCCAACAGCGCAGCACCGGCUUUCAGUCGUAUCUUUAAGAGUACAGUCUUAGUUGCCAAGGCAGAGAAGCCUUUCCCACGCGCUGGGAAGGGUACUGUUCUCAGAAAAGCUACAUUGAACGAGUACAAAACUGAGAUUGAUGCACUAUACGAGAAUUUCUCACAAGAUUCAACUUCUGAGUUAGCAGUUAACCUCGCUGAUCUCUCGAACGAAGCACUGCAAGAGUGGCUCGUCAAACAGGUCAGGUCGAGUGUACCCAGGUCUUCGGCCAUCAAUGCUACAUCGGAUCUGUUUUCGUUCGGCUUUGACAGCCUAAGCAUAGCGCACAUCUACCAGGCUAUUAUUUUCUCGGUUGAGCCUCGCAUGCGAGAUUCAAUACCUCGCAAUGUUCUCUACGAAUACUCGACAAUCGCACAGCUUGCGGAUGCCCUGUACUCUACUAUGCACAAUACGAACGAGAAUGAUAAUGAUUGGCGGAAGAGCCAUCGGAUGUCUAUGCAGAGCAUGCUCGCGCGAUAUAAAGUCCCCACACCACAAGGCGCUGUAGUCCUCCUCACUGGCUCAACGGGCCACCUAGGCUCUUACAUCCUGCACGAGCUUCUCUCCAACGACGGCGUCUCGAAGAUAUACGCAUUCAACCGGGCCUCCUCGGGCCGGUCGGGCCGCGAGCGCCAAGAAGUCUCCUUCGCAUCCCGCAAGCUCCCCGUGUCCUCACUCGACUCGAGCUCCCAUAAGCUCGUGUUCCUCGACGGAGACACAUCCGAGCCCGAACUCGGUCUCAGCGCCGAAGUGCUAAGAGAUCUGCGCAACGAGGUGUCGGUGAUCAUCCACAACGCGUGGCGCGUGGACUUUAAUCUCCCGCUGAUCGCGUUCGAGGCGAACAUCGAGGCGACGCAUAAUCUUGUGGAGUUUGCGCUUUCUGCGUCGAGCGCGAAGAGGGUCAGGUUUGUGUUUGUGUCGUCGGUUGCGGCUGUGCAGGGGUGGAGUCCUGAGCGCGGGCCGGUGCCGGAAGCGGUGGUGGAUGAGGCGGAUGUUGCGCUGGGGAGCGGGUAUGGGGAGAGUAAGUAUAUUGGUGAAAAGAUCGUGGCAGAGAGCGGGCUCGAGGGCACUUGUGUUCGCGUCGGUCAGAUAGCAGGUGGGCCAGGCGGCAUCUGGCCGACGACCGAGUGGGUGCCCAUUGUGGUAAAGUCAAGCGUUGUGUUCGGAGCUAUGCCUGAGCUUCCUGGUGACGUCUCAUGGAUUCCGGUCAACGCCGUUGCAUCCGCACUUGUGCACAUCUGCCUGAAGCUGUGUUCACCGCAUGAUGACACAUACAUCCCUCCUGUACUCAACCUCGUCCACCCGCACCCUGCAGCGUUCCUCGAGCUCGUCGAAGCCAUGCGAGACGCAGUCGCGGCAAAGAAGCGGCUCCUGAGCAAAGACGACGACCUGCCUCUGGUGAGCUACGACGAAUGGUUAAGUCGGUUGGAAGACCUCGAGAAGGGACAGGUGCAUUGGGCGGGUGGGAAGAAGCUUAGUGAAGUGCCCGCUUUGAAGAUCAUCGACUUCUUGAGGAAUCUUACUUGUGCGGACGGCAAUAAGAACAAGUUCAGCACUGACCAGAUUGAGCACGUCGUUCCAUCUUUGCGAGAGUUGCGUCCACUUGGAAAAGGUGAUGCCAAGGCGUGGGUGGAAUAUUGGGUUGACUUUGGUUUUUUGUAGUUUGUUUAUCCACGAGGCGUGAGUGCCAUAGAUUGGGCAAACGAUGUAUUCCUACUGGCUGUAUCCAUGCUUGCUUCGUAGACCGACCACAGAGGUAUCAAUAAAAAGGACGCAUAUAUAGGCUAAAGUACAAAUUACCAAACGUACCCACCGGCACGCACUAUCAAUACCCAUGCAUAAGCAUCGCCCUCCCGUUCAAUGUACUCACAUCCGCGCUCCCCCGCCUCGCGUUCCCCUCAGCCCACGAGAUCACUCCCGCAACAUGCUCCCCCUCGCUCUCCGUAUACUGCACCCUCCGCUGCCUGUCCAUCCCCGCUGGAUCGUCCGCGCGCCCCGCCACGAGACUCGCCGUCUUAUACGCCGACGUGUGCACAUCAAAGUGCCCCUCGAAUGCGGGCGGCAGGCGCACCUCCGCGUCUGCGUUCUUGGUCCGCGCCUGCAGCGCGAGCUCGGCCGCGUUGUGCGGCAUGUCGACGAUCCCGAGCGUAAGCGGGCCGUUUUCCGUGCGCGCGGAGACGUUGAAGCGCGAGCCGGCGCCGUCGUACGGCACGGGCGCGUAUAGGCCGACGCGGGCGUCAAUGGGUGCGUUGGUGGUGGUGAGGGAGAGGGCGCUGGGCGUGUGGUCGAACUUGUUUGUGAGGGAGAUGGAGGUGUCGAUGUGCCCGUUGGAGGUGGUGAGGGAGAGGGAGGUGGAGGCGCUGAAGUGGCCGGAUAUGGGGGCGUUUGUGGUGAGGAUGGUGCCGGU